AUGAAGCAUUUCACUUCCGCUCUGGCUUUCGCCAGCAUUGUCUCUUUGGUCAACGGCCAUGGCUUCGUCACCAACCCGAAAGCCCGCCAGCCCGGUACCGCAAUGCAAGACGCCUGUGGCGCUCAAGUAGUGUCCAACCAAGGAUCCGACAAGUAUGGCAACAUCCAAGGCGAGCUGCAAGUUGCCUCUGGCCAGAGCGACUACCAAGCCGCCGAGUGCGACAUCUGGCUUUGCAAGGGCUACAAAUUUGACGACAACAAGGACAACGUCUACUCGUACAAGGCAGGCGAGAAAGUCGACUUCACCGUCGACAUCCGCGCGCCGCACACCGGUGUCGCUAAUGUCUCUGUCGUCGAUACUUCUUCCAACACCGUCAUUAGCAGCCCCCUGAUCUCCUGGUCUGACUAUGCAUCCGUCGCCACCGGCGUCAAAGCCGACGAGACCAGCUUCAGCAUCACUAUGCCCGAUGAUCUCGAAGACCAGUGUGUCACCGCCGGUGACUGUGUGCUGCAGUGGUACUGGUACGCUCAAUCAAUCGACCAGACUUACGAAUCUUGUAUCGACUUCACUCUCGGUGGAUCUGGCUCCAGUGGUGGCGCCGCUCCGGUUCCGUCGUCGAAGGCCUCGUCGACCUCCAGCGCUACGGUGGCUGCUCCCACUACUACUGCGGCCCCAACUGUCAUUGUUCAACCUACCACCACGGUUCCUGCUCAGCCUACUACUACUUUCGCCACCAGUGUCCGUCAAUCGGCUACUUCUGCCGGGGUGUCAGCCCCUACCACCGCUCCAGCUAGCCCCGAUACUACCGAUACCGCCGAUGAUGCCCUGCCUUUCCCAACUGAUAGUGCUGCAGAUGUCCUGGCCUGGCUCCAGGCCAUGUUCGGCACCUUGGUGGGUAACUAA